AUGCUUCCGCGUCCGAUGACCACAAAUGAAAUUCUAUUUCUGUCUAAACCAAAUGAUUUAUUUACUCUUAAAAGUAAUCAAAUGCACUUAGGGAUUGCCGUGCCUAAGAACUCAGAAAUACUGAAAAGAAAAUUUGUAUUCGAGUAG